AUGUUAAUCUAUGAUGUUAAUUUUUAAUUAUUUCAAAUUUCCUCAAAGAAUCUAAGUUGAAAUUCAAUAAUAAUUCAAUCGAAUAAUGUUAUUUUCAAUAUACUUACAAUUACUGUAAAAUAAUGGCUAUUUACCUCUCUUGUAGAAGUUUGUGUUUAUGCCCCUUGAGACUGGUACCCCUAAAAAUAAUCCAGCCCUAUUUGUGUUCCUUUCUACAUGAGUCAGCAGAAGAUAACACUGGAGUCUUGGAUGACUUCACUUCACAAUUGAUGAGCAAAAAGGCAAGCAAAUGGGAAAGAAAAAUUGAAUUGAUUCAAAAGAAAGUUAAGCCAAAUUUCCUAAAAACCAAUAAUAUUAAAAACUUGGAUAUUGAUAAUGUAAAUGAACUAUUUCAAACAGCUAUUGACCAUGAUGAUUACUCGACUAUAAGAAAUUUGACCAAGCAUUGUAUUGAAAACGAUAAAAUCCCUUCGUACAAUAUAUUAUUAAAUAUUUUGUCAUUGCACUCUAGAAUGGGUGACAAAAAUUCAAUAAUCCAAGUGUCGACCCUAUGUGAAAAAAUAAGGCCAGAAAUUUUACAAGAAAAUUCAAAUUUUCAACAUUACGUAGCUGAAGCUGUUUGGAUAAAAGGUGAUAUUACAAAAUCUCUCAAAAUAUUUGAAACAGUUUAUAAAGAAAAUGAGUUCCUAAGACAAAUAAUUAGGUCUAAAUUAAGAUAUCUUAUUCUAAACAGCGUGGAGAAUCAUAGUGAAGCUACGUUAGUCAAUUUAAUACAAUUUUCAGAAAAACUAGUGCAAGAAUAUAAUGAUUAUUUUACUCUUGGUUGCCUUUGGCAAGCAUGUAUUCUUAGUGAAUGGUUUACAGACCAACAAAUUGCUUUAGAGUUUCUAAACAAAUACACUGAGCUCUGUAAGAUAAUUGCCAGAAAAAUACCUUUAGUAGUGAGAAUAUCUUUAAAACACCAUCGAACUGAAAUUGUUUAUAGAUUAAAUGAGGUUUUGUUAAAAUAUGAAAUGGAUUCGGAAGUUAGUCAAGUAUUAUUAGCUUUAUUAGAUUAUUGGAUUAAACAAGGCGACUUUAGACAAUGCCAGGAAAUAGUAUUGUGGUCAAUAGAAAAUGACAUUGAAAUAUCAACAGUGAGUCAAAAUAGUCAGUUGCUGAAACUUUUAGUUGAUAAUGGUAAACAUAUUAAAAUUGAAUUGGAUGCACCAAGAAGAACUCGUACAGAUUACAAAUUUUAAACUGAAACAGGCUUUUUGCGACACAUUUUUGUUAGGACUCCUUCACCGACUAGCACUCUGCCUGGUACAGCCAAGGGCUAAAACAAUUUAUAUUGUGAUGAGUAAUUUGUUUAUAAAUUGUUAUCAGCAAAAUUAGUCACGCUUUAUUACUUACUUGUCCGGAACUUCCAAAGCAACUUUCCACCAUAGCGAUACGUCUGGCAUUUGCCUCACUAUUAACUACAACAGACAUUUAAAAGGAUAAUUAGAUUUUCAAAAGCUGCACUAAUGAGGGAGAUUUUGUCUUGAGACUGGGACAAGGGAAAAUGGCAAAUUACCCCAAUAAAAUGCUUUCUACUGCUAUAAUGUAAUGGGGAAAUCGUGGCAAAACUUUCGUGCAAUGAGCAUAAAGAAUGGGGAUGGUAAACAGACCAUGAAAGACGAUUUUAGUUUAGCAACAAUUUCAAAACCUUAUAAGGAUGGAUUAUUUGUCAGAGGUGUAAUUUUUGUUUUGUUGGAAUUUUCUAAUAAUAAUUAGUAAAUAAAGUAAUUAUAAAAGCAUAUAAUAAUUACCUAAUUUGUCCACCAUUCUGUUUCCUUUGAAAUGUGUAAAAUUGAAAAGAAAAUUUUGGAAAUUAGAAAAAUAAAUGUACCACCUCUUUUACUACCACAACUGUCACACUACUUACUACUACUGUCAAAAACAAAAAGUGUCAUUAGAUUAGAGAUGGUUUUUGCGCUGUUGCCAAAUGUUUGUAUAUAUAUGAUUGCUAAUAAUGGCUACUUUUGUGUUUUACCAAAAAUCUUUCAAGACCCAAACACUUUUCUUUAACUAUUAUAAACAUUUUAUCUUUAUGGAAAACGAGACAACAAAAGUGCAAGUUUUCCAAUUAAAAAAAAAAGUUUUAGUAGCCAACUUCAUUUAAAUGGUGUGAACUUAGCUGACAAAUAGGUUGUUUGAUUGUGCCGAAGAUUGCCGAAAGAUCAUGACCAUGGGCGGAGGUCUUCAAUUUAAAUGAAUUAAAUAAAUUCAAUAAAUUAAUGAAUAAAUACAAUAAUAAUAGGCAAUAAUAAUAAUUAUCAAUAGGCUGAUCAAGAUCAAACAAGUACCUAUACUUCCAAAAUCUAAAGAUAAUUUUAACUGAACAAAUCAUAUCAAUAUUUAUGCUUUAUUGUUCCAAGACACAUCUCAUUAGCAGAGCUGAAAAAAAAACAUAUACAGUGUGUCCAAGAUCAGGAUGGCAAUGAUGGCAUAGCAUUAGGAUCUGGAGAACGGUUGGAGUUACAGUGUUACAUCUAUUGCUAUUCUUCCAAAUGGGAGACCGACGUUGUACUGUUUCAUAGGCCCCCAUGUAUUUGGAGUAAUUACACAGUUGGCUCUUAGUAGUUUUCUUAUCGGCACUUUCCCAAACUCUUUUCAGUAAUGCGGCCAGAAAGUUCCAUUGAGCCCACAACGCUUUGUAAAUCAAACUCUUGUUCGAUACUCUGUGGCCUCCACUCAUCAUUUUCUUUAAGAUGUAGAAUUUGCCCGAUUUCCUGGUCUGCCUCUUGAUCUACUAUCAUUUGUUUGGUAUUCCAGUCCAUAUAUGAUCGAUAAAACCCGAUCUUCUCACAGCUGGGCCAGUGUUUUUCUUAUAUGCAUAUCGAUCUUUUAACAACGUUUGCAGUCUUCUUUGCAUAGCCGUCUAGACAGAAUGUCAGCAUUUUUAUGCAGAGGUUUCCAAGUCGAUGUUUAAUUUGGAAAUCGUAUUGGUGCAAUUUCUCAAACCAACAAGCUUCGGGAGUUUUCAUUUCUAAAAGCCAUUUUAGAGCCGCGACACAAUAACUUCGUUCUGGCUUUGAUAAGGUUCUCCUGUAGUACCCUACGACAUGCUCUUGUGAAUUUUGAAUUUGGGAAAGUGCAGCGCUAAUGGUGUUGCUUGCAUCUGUAUCCAAAAUCCACAGGCAUUUCUGAUCGGGAUAGGACAAUACUGGGUUUGUACAUAAUGCUCCUUUUGAUUUUCUAAAAGCGGAAUCGUAUUCUUGGGUCCAAUUGGAUGUUGAUUUUUCUUUAACUUCAUGUUUGUCGCGUGGUUUUGGCCAAUCAACCAUUC